CCGGAAGUGAAGACAAACCGGAAGCGGGUCUCUAAGACCGCGUGGGAGCGCGAUGGGGAUUGGGGGGAAAAUCAACCGGCCCCGGACGGAGCUCCGUAAGAAGCUGUUCAAGCGGCGGCGGGAGCUGGCGCGGGGGCGGCGGCAGAAGCGGCGGUCGGGCCCGGCGGUGUCGGUGCCGCCCCCGCUGUGGGGGAAGAGGCGGCGGAAGGAGCUGAAGCGGCUCCGGGGAGCGGCGAAACGGGCGCUGGAGGCGGCGGCGGCCGCGGGGAGAAAACCGGAGAUGGAAACGAGAAAGGGGAAAAGCGGCGACGUGGAGAUGGAAGAGGAGGAGCCCCUGGGGACAGCGGGGACAGCCACGGAGACGGCAGAGACACCCCCGGGGACANGGGUGUCACCUCCCUGGCACCGGUUUGUCACUGGGGUCACCAGUGUCACCUCCCCAGCACUGGGGCCACCUGUCCUUCACUGGGAUCACCUGACCCUCACCGGGGUCACCUGAGUCCCACCAGUGUCACCAGUUUGUCACUGGGGUCACCAGGGGGGGCACCAGUGUCACUUCCCUCUCCCCAAUGUCACCGGGGGCACUGGGGACACCGGUGUCACCUUCUUGUCACCAGUUCAUCCCCAGGGUCACUGGUGUCCCCUCCCCAGUGGCACUGGGGACACCUCCUGGCACUGGAGUCCCACUAGGGUGCCCAGUUUGUCACCAGGGUCACUUUGGGGGCUGAUUCUCAGUUGUUGCUGCUUAUUGUUAUUAUUUAAUGAUUCAUUAAAAUAUUCCCGUUUA